AUGGGUGGCACUGCCCAUGGGGUUAGGGGUGCCUUGCAGCCGCCCGUAACCCCCUACGGGAUGGCUGCAAAGCACCUGGGUGAAAAGACGGUUACAGUUAAUAGUUAUUGGCCCCUGCAUGCACCCCGCAUGGGUGAAAAUGAGGUUACUAUAUUUGGCAAUAACCGCCAAUCGAAGAGGAAGUCAAGGGUUGAUGAGACUCUUGCCCAAUGGAAGGAGAAUCAGGCCCACCUUGACUCUAAACCAAUUUGUAAAAUUCAAGCCAUUGGGUCAAAGAAAGGAUGCAUGCGAGGUAAGGGAGGGCCUCAGAACUCACAAUGUAACUACCGAGGAGUCCGGCAGAGGACUUGGGGCAAAUGGGUUGCAGAAAUUCGGGAGCCGAGUGGGGGAAAGCGGCACUGGCUUGGUACCUUUGCAAAUGCUAUCGAAGCUGCCAUUGCUUAUGAUAUAGCUGCGAGGGCUAUGUACAGCUCUUAUGCUCGCCUCAACUUCCCAAAUUCUUUUUCAACUACUGUAACAAAUUCAUCGAGCAUUUCUCUGGGAGAAACUCCGGCAGCGGCAGGGUUGGACUCAACGGCGACAUCAAACUACUCCGGGGUCUUUGCAGUUGAGGAUAUCACAUCUGUUUCCUCAAACUUGAUGAAUGAGGAUGGGGAAAACGUUGCAUUUGCUUACAAUGAAGCUGCAAGGCCUACAUUUGCAGUUGAGGACAUCACACAUGUUUCUCCCAAUGUGAUGAAUAUGGAUGGGGAAAGUAAACUGAGAGCUGAUUCUACAACUACAUCAAACCACAUUGAGAUCUUUGCAGCUGAGGACAUCACCCAUGUUCCUCCAAAUGCUCAACAUGAGCAACAAACAGGUCAUUUCAUAGUCCCCAUGGAUGAAUUGCUUAACUUGGAUGACUUUCCAGAGCUUUUCGACGAUAAUUCCCUUAGCGACAUGGAAUCCCAAUUACCAUUUGAUGCUGAUCAAUUGGGGUUUCUAGAUAUCGACCAAUGGGGGAAGCCAUAA